AUGGAUGACAUCACCGAGGCUAGGCAGCUACUAGCGGUCAAGCUGCGACAGCUGCACGACUAUCAGUUCGAGAGCUGCGUCGACCCACAUCUUGGCUCGCUCGACGAUGUCUACACGGAGGAGCAGUUCCACAUUCUUGUUUCAGACAUCCUGUCGCACUGGGCCAAGGUGUACUUCGGGUCGUCGAUGGCGUACCCCAGUCUGUCGCUGUGGAAGGCCUUGGCUGUGAGGGUGAUGAUUCUGAUGGCGCAUCACAUGCUGGGCAGGGGGAUCAGCAUCCGUACAAUCCGCUACUGCAACAUGUUCACUCACGUCCUUCUGCCCAUCACGAACAGCCCGGGGGAAUCGUCGAUCCUCGUUCUCGUGGUCGCCUAUCGCAAUUCGAAGACCGUCAAAGACAACAAGCUCGGCCACUUGUACCUGACUCGACACAUGGACUUCCAGCAAUGCGGCUUUGGAGCAGUUUUCCUCUGGCUACACUUCCUUUUCGACCUCGUGCCGCUCUACUACAACAACGAGAAUAUCGUGCCCCCCUUGGAUUUUUCAAACCCGGAGGCCUGGUCGAAGAAACACCUGUUCUUCGCCCUCUUCGACAAAGAGAAGACAGAGAUGCCGUACUCGACGCACAACAAAUGGGUGACAUGGGCGAUGAAUAGCGCGGUGUGGAUCCUGUCGAAAGUCACGCACAUCUUUCGACGGUCUGCGGCACAGAUCCUCGCGGACAAGAACUUAGACCUCAACACCAUCACACAGCUGGGUCAAUGGGACAUGAACGAGAUGCGCAGGUCAUACGUCACAGGCAUCCCGCGCCCGGCCAUCCAGAUGCAAGCGGGUUUCUUGCAGGAACCGGGCGACUAUUACAUCGGAAGAUCAAAGACCAAAGUGCCCCCAAAGGUCCUGAAGGCUAUCGAGGAGCACAUCUUUCCUAAGGCGGAGCUGUGGCUCAUCGAGGACGUAUCCUCUCACCUCAACACCAAGCACCUCGUCACGCAACUUCGGGCCGAGAUAAACCUCCACAAGGAGGAGGGAGGGAAAAAGGAAAUCCAAAUCAACCACCUCGAGAAGCAGGUCGAGUCAUUGGAGCGGGAGAAGAGCUCGAUGAAAGCUGAGUUGGAGGCGAAGACAGAGGCGUUCGCGCAACUACAGAAAGCGUUCGACGCAUUGAAGAAUACCGCGGCGACAAGCGCAGCUGCAAAUGUGGGGGAGAGCGAGAGCGUGCCGCAGACGGCGACCGAGGAAGCCACCCCGGAUCCACAGCAAGCCCAACAAGCAACGCCCUCUUGA